AUGUCUUAUAAGAAAAUUCUGGACACUGUGUCCAUCCAUAGUGCGUCUGAACUGGAUCUGACUCAUUCAUCUUCAAACAUUCUACCGAAUCCGGGACAGAUUACCUACCUUCAAGAACCAGAAGAUGCUCCACAGGGUCGACACUUGGGCCUUUUCUCCUCAAUCAUUUUGUUUGUGAGUAGAAUACUUGGAUCUGGAUUUUUGGCAAAUGCUAGUGGGAUGUAUAUCGAGUGCGGUCAAUCCCCAUUUUUUUUCAUUCUCUCGUGGAUCGUGGCGGCAUUAUUAGCUUACUCAGGACUCUAUGUGUUCCUAGAGCUAGGCUCUUUGAUCCCACGUUCUGGUGGAACCAAAGUCUUUCUUGAGUACAUUUAUGACAGGCCAUACAUGUUCGUGAGCGUGGUAUUCUCGCUUUACUCGAUUAUGUUUGGUUUCACUCUCCUGAACUUAUUUGUUUUCGGGGAAUACUUUUUGCACGCCUUAGGCAUCGAGCCAACAGAAUUCAGAACAAGAGCGACUGGUUUGAUUUUCUUGUAUAUCACUUGUGCCAUUCACGGGUUGAGUGUGCAUCAUGGAGUGAAAGUCCAGAACUUUGUUGGUGCCUUAAAGUUGCUUUUGGCACUCGUUAUUGUGGUGACUUGCUCGUACGCCAUCAUUUUCCCCUCGUCGAUCACCCAUAUUGAUAAUAAUAUGCCAAUGGAGACGUUCUUCCCUGUUAAAACGUCCAUCACUGUGACGUCUUUUUCAAAUGCAGUAAUUAGAGGUACAUUUGCUUAUGGAGGAUGGAACUCCAUUCACACAGUUACCAACGAGAUCAAAGAUCCUGUUCGUACCCUCAAAAUUGCUGGGCCGGUAUCCUUGACGAUUAUUACUGUCACAUAUGUCACCAUCAAUUUGGCAUACUUGGUGGUAAUUCCUGGCGAAGACAUCGUCAACGGUGGCCAGUUGGUUGGAUCUCUCCUCUUUGAGAGGAUGUUCGGAUACCAUAUUGGAAGGCAGCUUCUUACCAUGUCUGCUGCUCUCUGCGCAGGUGGGAAUGUGUUUGUUGUCAUUUACACCAUUUCUCGUGUUAGUCAAGAGGUGUUUCGGGAGGGAUACUUGCCUUUCUCACUGUUCAUGGCAUCGAACUGGCCGACAGAUGCACCUCUUCCCACUCUAUUAUUGAGUUGCGCUCUCUCUACCUUGGUUAUAGUAGCUUGUCCGGAUGGCGAUGUGUACAGUUAUGUGGUCAGUUUAGAAAGUUACCCACAGCAGAUUUUUAUUGGUCUUUGUGGUAUCGGAAUCUUCGUUAUCCACAAAAGACAUCCUAAUAUCAGUGCACCAAUCAGAUCACCGCUUGUUGGAACUCUCAUGGUGAUUAUCAUCUCGUUUUAUCUUGUUAUUACCCCGUUGAUCGGCAAGAAUCCGAACCCACCAGGAAUGGAGUCUUGGAUCCCAUACACAUAUCUUGGACUUUUCUGCUUGUUUCUUUGCAUGCUUUACUGGGCAUGUAUGUUUGUCGUUGGGCCAUAUUUCGGAGGAUACGAUCUUGUUUCCGAGGAGAUGCAACAUGAUGAUGGGUUAAAAUAUAAGGUUUGGCAGAAAGUGCAUGUUCCAAGAUUCUGA